AAAGGUCUGUUUUGUAUUUUUGUUAAUGUUGUUGUUGUUGUUAUUGUAAUAUUAUCAUAUAGGUUAUUGUGUAAAUGUUUCACUUUUUGUUUUUCUUUUUGAUAGCUCAUUUAAUGUAGUUCAAUGUCCAGUUUGUAUCACACAUUGGGGUGGGUGCUCUGUUGUAAUUUUCACAUAGGCUUUUUUAAUCAUAUGUGUAAAUUGAUCAUCUUGACAUCCACUUGUUUGAUUCAGAAUCAAACACUAAACAUAUAUUUGUCCCAUCUGGUCUAUGACCAAAAUUCCUGUGAUAACUAACUAAGUGAGUUGAUAAAUUACAAGCCAACCCCGCUAGAGUUGCCUCACCAUCAGGAUAAAAUCUAGUCAUAAGUCUCUCUCUACUCUUGGGAAGAAGCUUAUUCCAAGAAUAAUAUAGAAUGGCUUGCUUAUUCCAAGGGCAUCACACAUCGUAUAAAAAUAAGUAUAGUUACAGAAAUUAAAAUAAGGCAUUGAAGGUCUCCGUCUGCCAGUGGCUCUAUUUGCGAUGGUUGACGUUGACUCGAUGGCUUGCUGGGUGCUGCCGUGAAGGUCUAGAUAUGGACCUCUAGUCAUGGUGGUCUGGUGGAUCUUGUGUUUUAGAGAGAGUUAAGUAAAGGAGCAGAGAGAGAGAGUGUUGUUAGUCUCUUAGGGUUUCAUUUUAGUAGAUAGAGAGAUAGAGAGAAAUGAGGGAUGGAUCUAUUAUUUAUUAGGGUUACUAGGUUAGGAAAAUCAAAAUGUAAAAUAUAUAUAUAUUUAUUAAAGGAGGCGGGCCGGGUUGGAUUGAACGGCCCACAAAUGGUCCAGCCCAAUUCCCUUCAUCAUUCUCCGCAAUGUUAAACCUAUUCCCAUCAAAUGAAACCUCAUACCAAAAAAGGGCCCUUAGGAUGCACAGAGACCAAUUUUCUUCAGGUCGGGUCGGGAGCCGGAGCUACUUUGUGAGAUUCUUUCUUUGGUAUUAAAAAGGAGAGAGUAGAGAUUCUUAGGUUUGAAAUUGAAAUGAUGUUUCUUGGUAACAAGCUAAUAUAUUAUUAUUAUUGACUCAUCCGUCGUUGCCGUUGUCGUUGCCGUUCAGUGACAUUGACAGGAAUUCAUUUCAUCAUCAUAUUUGACUUUGAUUCUGUUUUGUAUAGAGAAUAGAGUUUAGAGUUGUUCUGCUCUGUCAGAUUAAACAGACAUGCCUUCUUCAAAGGGGAAGAAUAAGAAGCAAUCCAAGACCCCAUCAAGGAUCUCAGCCCCUGAUCGGAAUUCAUCUCCUCAAACACCUUCCUCAACUCUUGAUUUUGAAACCAAUGACGACUAUCUCAUCACCAUUCUCCAAGAAGCUUCUAUCAAAUAUCCUAAUCUCAUAGCAAAACACGCUUUCAUUGGUAGGAUCGCUGAUAUUGAACAUAAUGCUUCUCCAGGAUCCCAAAUUUGGCUUUCUCACUCCUCCAUACUUGCCUCUUCAUUCAAAGCAGACUCUAAAGUAUCGGUGUCAUGUCCUUCCAAUAGUAAAUUUUCACGCAGCUUUCCUCUUAGCUCCUUAGCAAAUAAAUUUGGUAGUGAUUUAGCUGAUCAAUGUACUGGUGAAGCAGGAAACUAUUUUGCUCUUGCAACUAUUCGUUCAUCCAGUAAGGUUGCAAAGAAUGAAAUCAAGCUAUCUUCAAGCCUUUCAAACACAAUGGGGAAUCCUUCAUUAGGAGCCAUUGUAUUUAUAUAUCCUGUACAAAGUCAUAUACCCGAAUGCAAUGAAUUAUUUCUAGAGCUGGUGCACCCUAAGAAUAUGGUGGCAAGGAACACAAAUUCAGGUGAAACACCUUAUGAUCAUAUGGGAAAUGGAGUUGUUGGAUCUCCUAAGACACCAAGGAACCAGUUAAAGUUGAGCUCUUCGAAUAUUAAGCAGUCGUCGUCCUCAUCUACAUAUAAGGAUUCUACAACAAAGUUAGAUAACCUAAAGGCUGUGUUUGAUGAUUCAUAUGACAUUACGAAGUUCUUAGGGGAUGAACAUGUUAGAAGGAUUCUUGAAACACGUGCUAGUACUUGGUUGUCUUCUAGAUGUUUACUUCGAGGAAAUCUUGUGACCAUGCCAAUUAUUUCACAGCUAUGUAGCUUCCGAGUAGUUGCUGCUAGAAUGUUAUUAGAUAAGGAUAACUUCUAUAUAACAUAUAAGAGUGAUGGUCUCCAAGAUGAAGCUUCUAACUCUGUCAAAUAUUCCAAUGAUGCCUUUAUAGUGAAGUGUGAGACAAAAAUAUGCUUUUCUUUACCAUCAGAACUGGCACCGAAAGCCCUUGAAAGACAAAUUACUACAAUAGAAUUUGAACCUACAAUUGUCAAAACUGAUGUGGGAGAUAGGAAGUCACAAUUGGGUGGAUUAUCGAACGAAUACGCAAUUUUAAAGGAUAUCAUUGUUUCCUCAUCAGCAAACGUUCUAUCUAGUUUUGGUUUACGAACUACAAAAGGAGUGCUUCUUCACGGUCCCCCGGGUACUGGAAAGUCUUCUUUGGCUCAACUUUGCAUCCGUGAUGCUGGUGUCAAUCUCUUCUCUAUUAAUGGACCUGAGAUUGUUGGUCAGUAUUAUGGAGAAAGCGAGCAAGCUUUGCAUGAAGUUUUUGAGUCAGCCCGUCAAGCUGCACCAGCUGUGGUAUUCAUUGAUGAGUUGGAUGCCAUAGCACCUGCGAGAAAAGAUGGUGGAGAGGAACUCUCACAAAGAAUGGUUGCUACGUUGUUGAAUUUGAUGGACGGGGUCAGUAGAGAUGAAGGGAUCCUUGUAAUUGCUGCUACCAAUAGGCCUGAUAGUAUCGAAGCUGCACUUAGACGGCCUGGAAGACUUGACAGAGAAAUAGAGAUAGGUGUUCCAUCUCCAAAACAACGGUUGGAUAUCUUGCUUUGUCUUCUAAGUGAAAUGGAGCAUUCACUUUCAGAUAUCCAAGUUCAGAACCUUGCUAUAUCUACUCAUGGUUUUGUAGGUGCUGAUCUAGCUACCCUUUGCAAUGAGGCAGCUUUGGUUUGCCUUAGACGCUAUGCCAAUGUAGUAAGCACCUGUGAUAACGUGCAUGGAACAUCUAUUCACCAUGAUGAUUCUGAUAAUGUAGCAGAAUCCGAUUCCUUAAAAGAUACAAGGGACAUGUCUAGGGAUUACUCAUAUUAUGCAUCUUCAUCUAUUUCAUUUUCAAGGGAUGAUAACAUACAUGAUGUUGGUGAUGGCAUUAAAGAAGAAUGUAUGUUAAAAGUGGGUUUUGAAGAUUUUAUGAAGGCUAAAAUGAAAGUUAGACCCAGUGCCAUGAGAGAGGUAAUACUUGAGCUUCCUAAGGUUCGGUGGGAAGAUGUUGGAGGUCAAAGUGAGGUUAAGUCUCAAUUAAUGGAAGCUGUAGAGUGGCCUCAAAAGCACAAGGAUGCUUUUAUACGGAUAGGGAUUCGUCCACCAUCAGGAAUAUUGAUGUUUGGUCCUCCUGGAUGCAGUAAAACUCUCAUGGCACGUGCCGUAGCUUCUGAAGCAGGAUUGAACUUUCUUGCUGUUAAAGGUCCAGAACUUUUUAGCAAGUGGGUUGGUGAAUCUGAGAAGGCUGUGAAAACUCUGUUUGCGAAGGCGAGGGCCAAUGCCCCAUCCAUCAUUUUCUUUGAUGAAAUUGAUGGUCUUGCUGGUGUUCGGGGAAAGGAUAAUGAUGGGGUUUCGGUGUCAGAUAGGGUUAUGAGUCAACUCCUUGUAGAAUUGGAUGGUUUGCACCAAAGACUUGAUGUUACUGUUAUUGCUGCUACUAAUAGGCCUGACAAGAUUGACUCUGCCCUCCUCAGACCAGGACGUUUUGACCGGCUGCUAUAUGUGGGGCUUCCAAAUGAGAUUGACCGAGAAGAGAUAUUCCGCAUCCAUUUAAGAAGAAGUCCAUGUUGUUCGGAUGUGAGCUUUAAGGAUCUUGCUUUUCUCACUGAAGGCUUUACUGGGGCUGACAUAUCAUUUAUCUGCAGGGAGGCUGCUUUAAAAGCUAUGGAGGAGAAUCUUGAUGCUUCAGAGAUUAAGAUGCAACAUUUGAAGGAUUCUAUUAAACAAGUGCAGCCAACAGCAAUCCAUUCUUAUCAGGAGUUAUCAGAACAGUUUCAACGGCUUGUUGUUUCUCGUGGUGAGGAAGAGAAAGAGAAAAAAGCAUCUCAUGAACACUCGAGUAGAUCAAAUUGGCUUCCUGAGUCUCAUGAUAGCAAUAGCUUUGUUUGUUCGUUGUCGGCUGCCUGGAGGCUUGUUCGGGUAGUUGCAAUGUUGGUAGCAGGUUGUUGUUCUAUCUUCCUAUGUAUAGCUGGAAUGUGUGUUUUAAUUAGGGAAGUUACACACACAUCCAUCAUAUCAAAGGAUCAAGCCAAUACAACACAACACAAGUUAGUGAUGAGAAAGAAGUAUGGAUUACUUUCAUAUUCUUGUAAGAUGUGGUCCAAUGUCUGAGAUGAGCUUGGUUAUUCUGCUAGAAGAAUCAUAAUGUGAUUAGAAUAGAACAGUAGGCAGGUGAGGGGAGAGAGUGAGUUUUGCAGCCAUUAUCAGAACUACCUAAUAUUUUUUUUAAGUUAAGAAGUCCUUUCUUUUAAAGUUUAUUCCUAAACCCACUUGAGGAUUUUGCUUGACUAUACUUUUCAUAUAGCAUUGGGUUUCGAUUGAAACCCAAUACUAAAGUAGUAUUAGUUUUCCCUUGUUCA